AUGCCUGCCCCAGGCGACCAGCACACAAGCAUCGCCAACCCCUUUGGCGAGCAGCAGCAACGCAUAUCCGAGUACACCGCCCAAGAGAUCGCAACGCUCCAGAGCCGGCUCGAGAAGCAGCUCGGCCCCGAGUACAUCUCGUCGCGCCCCGGCCCGUCCGGAUCCGGAGGGAAGGUGCACUACAUCACGGCCGAAAAGGUCAUCGCCCUCGCGAACGAGGUGUUCGGCUUCAACGGGUGGUCGUCGAGCAUUCAGAACAUUCAGAUCGACUUUGUCGACGAGGACCCGCGGACGCUCAGAAUCAACCUCGGCCUGUCCGUCAUUGUGCGCGUCACCCUGCGCGACGGCACGUACCACGAGGACCUCGGCUACGGGCACAUCGAGAAUGCCAAAGGCAAGGCAGCCGCGUUCGAGAAGGCCAAGAAGGAGGGUACCACGGACGCGCUGAAGCGGGCGCUGCGCCACUUUGGCAACGUCCUGGGCAACUGCAUCUACGACAAGACGUACUUGGCCAAGGUGACCAGGAUGAAGGUGGCGCCGACAAAGUUUGACGAGAACUGCCUACAUCGGCAUCCGGAUUAUGUGGUUAAGACGGAGCAUGAGCCAUCCAAGGAGGACAAAGCCGUGCCGCCAGCAAGGGUGCCGCCGCCAGAGUUGCCGAUGGCAGACUCCUUUGAGGACUUCUUGGGGGAGUUGGACGAGGCGGACUUCAACAUCUCUGACGAGGGCCACCCGGACAUGGUUGUGCUCACAAACUCGGAUGAGACAGAGUCAAACCCAUCGAACGCAUCCAACAGGAGCCACAACCCAACAGGCAAUGGCGGAAACAACCCCAUGAAACCCCCAACAAGGCAGCUGGCGAGGUCAGUAUCAGCGGGGAACAACCCCCCACGACAACCGCCACAAACACCCAUCCAGCAGGCGCCGCGACCCAACACCAACAACUUCCCGGGGGCAGGGCUGCUCCAGAACCGCGGACCAACAGUCGGCCCACGACCACCACAGCAGCAAUUCAACAACCAGAACCGGCCCGCCCCGCAUCAGCCGAACCCCCCCAACCAGAACCCAAAGCCAAACCCGCAAACUCACAUGACGCCUCCCCAAACGGGCAAUAUCGACCACAACCACGCCAACAAUAACAACAACACGAGCUUACCAGGCCACGUCGCCAAUGCAGCCGCCGCCACCGGCAGCGAUACAGUCGGCUUCUUUUCGGCGCGCGCAGUCAAAGCCCUUCCCGAAGAGGCCAUCGCCAGCGGCAAGCUGGCGCCCAAACCGGGCCAGGGCCAGGCGUUUAACCCACACCUUGCCAGCCCGUCGAUCCCGCGGACGCCGGGGGUCGAUCACUCUGCGAGUAAACCUGUUGCUAGGGCUGUGGUACAGGGUGGUGCCGCUGCUGGUGGGGAUGGGGGCGGGAAUAAUGGGGAUGGUGGAGGUACAGGUGGUCAGGUUGGGGGUGGAGGAGGUGGUGUAAAACCUAGUGCGAGACCGCUCGGGAACGUGGUCAACCCGCAGUUGGACCAGGCGAGGCGGAUUGGGGCGCCGGGGUCAUCGAGUCCGCUGGGGAAUCGCGGGCAGUUUCGGCCGUUGACUGUGAAGCGGCCUGCGGGCGGGGACGGGACUACUACCGGUGGUAAUGGUGGUGUCGCUGCUGGUGCACCGGGGAGGGUGCCGUUGGGGGACGUGUCGAAUCAUCUGGUUGUUGUGGGCGCCGGAGAUAAGGGGGGAGGUAGUGGGCCUGAGGCGAAAAGGCAGCGGGUUUCGUGA